CGGGAGGGCGGCGCGCGUAGAAAUGGCGGGAGAGCGCGGUGGUGGGGACGCGCUUCUGGUCUGGAGGAGGGGCAGCGAUGAGUGAGGGGGGAGAGAGUACCAGCCUGCGGCCAGGCUCCCAGCUGCUGAUGGCCCCGCUGCAGGUGACGGUGUUGGCCGUGUGGGUGUGUGUACUGCGGCGGGAUGUGAGCAGCUAUGAGCGGGUGCUGGAGCUGCUGCAGACGUUGAGCGGGGCCGCCCCAGGCCUGGUGUCCAACCGGCACCUGGCUAAGCUGCAGCUGGGACUGAAGGCCAAGAUGAUCCUGGAAAUGUUCCAAAAGGGCUGUUGCCUGGCCGACAUCCGGACCCAGCUCGGACAUCUCUUCCCGCUGGAAGAUCCACCUCACUCCUCUGAGACGACAGUCGCAGACACCCAGAAGGUGCGUGGGAUUCAGGAGCAGUUCCGGGAGCUGGUCCUCCACCUCCUGAGGGACCCAUCGUUCCGCACCUCUUUCCUGCAGGACGAGGGGCAGAAUCACUAUGGCGAGGGCUUCAUGGCCGCCCUGGACAAGCUGCUGUGGGAGUUCCUGCUGAGAGUGGGGGAGACGCAGGUUCCUCCCAGGCUGCAGCCCUGCCGUGCUGACGAGGAGCUGCCGGUGCUCGGGGCCCUGUCCCAGCUCCCUGCCGGCUGCUUGCAGUUGUUGCUCUCCAGCCUGGGCUCUGCACACUCCCUGCAUCCAGGAACCCCCCUUGUGUUGGAUCCCAACCCGCCUGGGAAGGGAGCAGACAGCCCAGAGGGAGAUGGGUUGGAGGCCGGAGGAGGAGGGGUGGAUGGCCAGCUCCCACGACGGCGGCAGCCGCCAAGCAAGAAGAUGAAGAGUAGGAGAUCGCUGAGGGAGAGGAGGAGCCGGCAUGCUUUGCCCCCUCCCAGCUGGAGGCAGUACCCACGGGCCGCGAAGAAAGAGAACAAAGCAGAGUCGGGAUGCGGUGGUCCGGGCCGGCUAGACGUCCCAGAGAUCGUGGACGAGUCAGACACCGAGGUCAGAGGGCCAGAGGAGGAGGACAGCUGCCAGAAGAUGGAAGUCAUCUCGGACUCCCAGGAUGGGGACAGUGAUCUGCUCACCACCUGUCUCCGGGGCAAGACACCCCUGCGGCUCUACCAGAGGACCAAGCACAACACACUGAUCCCCACCCUGCUCGAGCACCUUGGCCCCUCUGCCAAGCACCCCCUGGACGGGCUGCCGUAAUCACAGACUCCAGCGACCUUUGGCAACCCAGUUAUGGGAACCCGGGAGUGAGCUGAUGGUGCGUAGGCUCCCCCUGCAGCUUGACCCAUGGCUGGCCUGCCUUCGUCUCUGUGGACGUGGUUCCUGAGCUGCUGACAUGAGAGACGGUGUUACAUGGGGCUGGACAGUGCUGACGUCUCUGCUGCCCAGGCACUGGAUGGACCUUUGGCUGAGCUCCCUCUGCAACGUCCCCCAUCCUUCGGAAGAACCCUCUCUCCUUCACCUUCAAGCUGAGCAUGGCUGAGGCCUGGAUUGGGCCUAGCUUAUGCCAAGGCGACAUAGGGUAGUGGUGGUGGGGGUGGUUGCUGUCAUCCUGGAGGGGAGGUGCUGUUCCUGAGGUUUCAUUUGACCGGUGAGAAGUGAGAUCCGGGUUGUGCUGGGUGUUGGGAACUGUGCAUCUCGAGUCUCACUCCUCCCCUCUCUUGUACAAUAAAUGUUCCUGCUUAUCAAGGAGACAGCAGUCGAGUGAGGAUGGCAUUUCUCGGCAAAGGUGGGGAAAGAAUUGAGAUGAAGGCAGUGACAUCGAUGGGCAGUGCUGAAUAAAGCCAGGACCUCAGUCUGUUUGACCCAGCUUUACUGUGCAGUUAGAUGGCACAGAGAGCCCCACUUUCUGUGCCGAUAAAUGUCUAGCUAGUCUCGAAUCACUUUGUUUCACCGGCU